AUGUCUGACAAUGUUGACAGGGGAAUCAAGCUUCCAGAGGUCAAGCAGCUGAAGCUGUGGGCACAGAAAGUCACAACCAAGUUCGAACUCAAGGCAUCUCAGUUCUUAGAGCUCAGCAUGCUCAUUGAUGCAAGUGCUACAACAGAGGUCAUCCAGGCAGAAAAGGCUGCAAAGGCAGUGGCCAACAUUCAAUGGCAGGCUUACAUUCAAACAAAAAGAUUCAGGAAACCUACCUCUGCCUUUUCAAAGAAGAAAUGGACUCCACCAUUAGGGGACUCCAAGACAGGUGGAUGGGCCAUGGUACAUCAAGAUCUAGAAGAUGACUUAGAUAACAUUGUUGACCAAGAUGGUGUAUCAAGUCCAAGUGGAUCGGACUUUGAGCCAGAGGGACAAGAGGAAGACAAUGAAGAUGACAAGAUUGCAGAGAAUGGCAGUGAUACACACCCACUCAUGGAAGCUUCCAAAGUGAGAACAAAGCUAGUCAAAGCCACACAUGAAGGCAUUAUGCAAGCAUGCCAAUCCAUUGACUCUGAGACCUAUAGUGGCACAUCCAGCAGAGAGAAAUGCAAGGCACCUGCUGGAGGGAUGAUGCCUGGCCUGACUGCCAAGAAACACAACUCAGGCAUGGCUGACACUCAAGCCAGUGUCAAUUGCACACCAAAGACACCACUGGCAAAUGGUCUGAAACCUGAAUUCCAUUCAAGCAAAGCCAACAGACAAUCAAAGUCAUCUGCCCAGCCCAUCAGUUACUUGUCUCAAUGGGAAACAACACUCUCUGGGCUGUUCCAUUCAAAGGGUCAUCCCUCCUCCCCAGCUGAGUUUAACUUUGGUGGUUUGCCCAGUUACAAAGAUGAUUCCUUUGACCAGCCAUUGAGCAUGACAAUGCAGGCUCCUUCGAGAAGACAGGAUGAAGCUCUGGAACAGCAGCCCACUGCAAAGGUCAUACUGGGUGCACCACAAAAUCAUCUUUCCCAGUCAUCUGUCAUCAUGAAUGCAGUAACAUCCUCCAAGUCUUGUCAGGCCCCUUCCAAUCUGGACUUACCUGCAGGAUCUCAACACAUCUUUGUCACACAAUUUGUACCCAUCCUGUGGAAAUAUAUUGGAAUGAGAGAGAACCCUCAGAUUACAGAUGCACUGAUUGAGCCCAUUCAGGUACUUUUGGAUGCUCUCAUGGUAGACUGGCCACACAAGUUCUCUGAUGAGAAUGAUCUCAUUGUAGAAAUAUCUGAUGUCAGUAUAGUAGAAUACUGGUAA